AUGGCAUUUUUUAUUCCAUCAGUACACAGUCUGAUCAGUAUCCGGCUCAAGUUUGACGCAGUGAGGUCUCAGUCUGAUCCGGAGCUUCUGGUGACUUUUCUUCUUCUCUCUUUCUCUCGCGUAGUUUUAUCAGACAAUUUAAAAAAUAAUCUUUUCUUAAAGGUGUUUUCCCUCUUUUGGUAAGUUUUGAUGGUGAUUCACAUCGGACAGUGAACGGUGAUGGCAGACUCUGAUGCGCAAGAGACUCGCCAACCCGCAAAAGACUCGCCUUUCUCCAUCAAGAACCUGCUGAACAUCGAAGACAAACCCACGAAGCCGAAAAGCUUCAUCGGCUCGUCCAAAGGAGUGUUUGAAGGCAGCUUCUUCUCUCGGCUCGGUGACUUGUCUUUCCCUCGGUUUGAGCUGCCCGCACAGAGAAUUGGACUAUCGGCGCAGUAUUUGGAGAGAGCGUCUACAUGGUGGUACCCAUACACGCUCGGGACUCAUCUGAGGACUGGAGGAUCUGAGAAGGCCAACCUGAGAGAAGCAUCCCCGACACCAGACAGGCGCUCCCCAGACCUCCAAAGAAGUGACCAAGAUGCCAAAGAGGAAAGCGCCGACGACGAUAUCGCGCUGGAUGAAAGUGACUCUGAAGAGCCAAAGAAAGAAUUAGACCAGGAGGACGACUGGAGGCGGAAAACAGACGAGCUGGACUCCGAGAGGAAGCCCUGUCGGAAGAAGAAGACGCGCACGGUGUUUUCCCGGAGCCAGGUCUUCCAGCUGGAGUCCACCUUCGACAUAAAGCGCUACCUGAGCAGCUCGGAGCGGGCGGGCCUGGCCGCGUCCCUGCACCUGACCGAGACGCAGGUGAAAAUCUGGUUUCAGAACCGGAGGAAUAAGUGGAAAAGGCAGCUGGCUGCGGAGCUGGAGGCGGCCAACCUGAGCCACGCGGCGGCGCAGAGGAUUGUGCGCGUUCCGAUACUUUACCACGAAAAUGGGGCCCCAGAAACGACCGGGGGCCCCGCUGCAAACUCACCGGGCAGCCAGUCCCUCCUGGCUUUUCCCCAUCACAUGUACUAUUCCCACCCGGCACUGCUGAGGCCUGUUUAACACUGACUG